AUGGCACCGCCCGAACUGCCAGGCUCUGCAACCUCUAGUACGACAGGGACUCCCGCUGGCUAUGGAAGAGCUUGCACUGCAUGCCAAAGAGCUAAAUGCAAGUGUAUCUUGAGAGCUUCUGGCCAGGAUUGUGAAAGAUGCCACCGUCUUGGCAAACCAUGUCAGCCAAUGGCAACCUCGCGAAAACGAGUUGCGAAAAAGUCAACGUCUUCUAGAACCGCUCAGCUUGAAGAGAAACUUGAAGACCUUGUCACUAUUCUACGCGCUUCUCAGCCAUCAAAUGGACAUUUGCACUCCACAGGUCCUGGUGACUCAAGCCCCUUGAUGAACUCCUCCAACAUGGGUCACCUCACUAGCCGGUUAGAAUCACUAGCCACUGCUGCUGCUUCUUCUUCCUCCUCCUCAGAAAGUUAUCCUCGUCCGUAUACUGUACCUCAUAAUCAUGAUUCAAGAAGCACAGCCAAUACCCAGCCCAAUACCUCCCCAUCCAGCAUUGGUGAAGAUCCCUCCACCUCUUUUGAUCCCACCCCAGAAGAGGCUGAAUUGUAUCUGGCAAAAUUCCAACAAUGGCUUAAGAACUUCCCUUGCAUGGUUCUACCACAAGAUAUUACAGCCGCGGCUCUCCGGAAGGAGAAGCCAUUUUUGUGGUUAUGUAUUAUGAACAUCACCUCCAUGUGUGUUGAGCAGCAGAUGAAGAUGAAAGAUCAAGUGCGCCGAGAAAUCGCCACUAGAAUUAUCAUAAACCAUGAGAGAUCUAUGGACUGCCUUCAGGGACUCAUAUGUUAUAUUUCAUGGGCUGCCACCACUUCAAGUCCAGGCAGGCCGUUUAUCAUCACAUUUUGCCAAAUGGCUGUCUUGCUUGCAUAUGACCUUGGUCUCACCAAAGCUCCUAUUGAAGAACAAUACUUCACAGUAUGUUUCAAGAUGGGGGGAGGACGUCCCCCUUCACCUCGGGUACGCACUCAAGAAGAAAGACGAGCUGUCGUGUCACUGUGGUUUUUGACUUCAGUCAUGUCAUCAUUUGUCGGCAAGAUGGAUCCUCUCCAAUGGACACCACAUAUGAGUGAUUGCCUGGAAGCUCUUGAAAGAGACAAACUAUGGCUAUCUGACGAGCUUCUGGUCGCAUUUGUCAGGUAUCAGCUAGUUGCAGACGAGGCACAGAAACUGCUCGUUCGAGAUGUCAUGGGCGAGUCAUCUUCAGCGCCCACGUAUGUUUUCAGAAAGAGCUUACUUGCCAAACUCCAAGCAGUCCGAGACGGAUUGCCAGCGAAUAUGCCUAUAACCCCGGUUUUACAAGCACAUUCGCUCGCGACAGAGGUUCAAAUCAACUCCGUCGGACUCUUUAUGCAAAACAUCCCAGUCAAUCAGCGAAUUGAAAGCAUGUAUUCUUGCCUUCAAACAAUAAGAUCAUGGUACGACGUUUUCUUUGGCAUACCUCCAGAAGAUGUUCCAGGGGCACCCUUUGCUAUCUAUAUCCAGCUGUCUCAAGUUCAGGUUGCCCUCUAUCGACUUACUACGUCUGAGGAUCCUGCUUGGGACAAGGAGUUUGUCCGAAAUACAGCAGACUUACUUAUACUACUGGACCAAGUCGUUGAAUUCUUCGCACGGCUGGAUUCUGUCUACAAGAUGAAAACAAGUCAAGGUGAAGAAACGGUGUUUGCUAUGGGGGCUAAGAUGAUGAACAACAUUCGAAUUUCGUGGGAACCUACACUAUCACGGCACCUCAGAAAUGCAUCUUCGAUACCGACAAAUCAAGGAGCAGGUCCGCCGGUGCCAACGCCUCCUCCACCUUCAGCGGCUCAGGCAUCCAUGGACAUGGCGAACAUGAAUAUGAUUGAUUUUGGUGAUACGGAGCGUAGCGAGCCGCACCCAAUCAGCGGCGAUGAUGAAAAGACUGAAUCACGUUCAAAUACACCGACCUUGAACGAACCCGCUCAAGACGAGAAGCUGGAGAAAUCAGAAGAUGGCGAUGGCGAACUCACAACUGAGGAGGAGGAAACUGAAUGGAUAUCGGGAUGGAAGCUCGCAAGCAUGAUGACAUCCCUUACGCUCGCUGCAUUCUUGAUGCUGCUAGAUAUGUCCAUCAUCUCAACGGCUGUUCCGCGCAUAACUUCGGACUUUCAUUCUUUACCGGACAUAGGAUGGUAUGCCAGUGCAUACAAUCUUGCUAGUGCUGCCCUACAACCACUUACCGGCAAAAUAUACAUGUACUUCAACACAAGAUGGACUUUCUUAGCGCUGUUCUUCGUGUUCGAAGUUGGCAGUCUUAUUUGCGGCGUAGCCCAGUCAUCUGCCAUGUUGAUCAUCGGUCGAGCCGUCGCUGGAAUAGGCUCUUCUGGUAUUCAGAAUGGUGCUCUUACUAUGAUUGCGAAGGCGGUUCCUAUUCAUAGACGUCCGUCUCUUGUUGGUGUUAUCAUGGGGUUUGCUCAGCUAGGACUCAUCAGUGGGCCUUUGAUAGGAGGCGCUUUUACUCAGUAUACCACUUGGCGAUGGUGUUUUUAUAUCAACCUUCCCAUCGGCGCCAUCUGUGCGGUUCUGAUUCUAUUCGUCCAUAUGCCUGAUCACCGAGCCAGUAGAGACGAAAGCGCCAUGCAGAUUCUGAAAACGAAACUCGACUUCACUGGCUUCGUUUUGUUCUGCCCUAGCAUAGUGAUGUUGCUACUGGCUCUUCAAUGGGGUGGUCUUGAGUAUCCCUGGGACUCUGCAACUGUCAUUGGGCUCUUCUGUGGCGGCGGUGUUCUUUUCAUUAUCUUCAUAUACUGGGAGCAUCGCGUUGGUUCAGAGGCCAUGAUUCCUCUUCCAAUUGUGCGCACAAGAGAAGUCUGGGCUUCGUGUCUGUCACAGUCAUUUCUCUUUUCCACGGUGAUGGUGGCAUCGUACUAUUUUCCUGUCUAUUUCCAAUCGGCUAAAAAUGCUUCACCUUUCACCAGUGGUGUCAAUCUUCUUCCCAGCAUUCUCAGCGUUAUCUUCGCAGCCGUCGCGAGUGGCGCUCUUGCUCAAAGGGUUGGCUACUAUCUUCCAUUUGCCACAGCCAGCGGCGUCCUCUCCUCUAUCGGCUUCGGUCUGGCCUCUUCCAUGGGCCCCUACGCUUCCACAGCUACAUGGGCCGGUUAUCAGAUCUUGAUAGGUCUUGGCCGUGGUCUCGGUCUACAGAUGCCCAUUAUAGCCAUCCAGGCGAACACAAAUGCUGAUGUUACGCCUAUAGCCAUGGCAAUCUUGACUUUCUCGCAGACUUUUGGCAGUGCGAUUUUUAUCACGGCUGCCAAUGUCAUUUUCACUCAUGAGCUUCGUGAUGAGCUUGUUGCAAGACUUCCCGAUAUCAACGCUGACAUGAUCAUCGAUGCCGGUGCUGGAGCAGUUAGUGAAGUUGUAUCUGGAGCGGAUUUACCGCAGGUGUUGUGGUCGUACUCCAAAGGUGUACGUGCGACGUUUCUGCUUGCUGUAGGCACGUCUUGUGCCAUGGUUCUUUCAUCUUUUGGAAUGGGAUGGAAAGAUAUCAGAAAGAAGCCCGCCCCUUCCCCUGUCCCUGAUGAAGCUUGA